ACCAAGCCCACGUGCCUCACGUUCCCCCAGUGCCUGUCAUCCCCCCAAAAAGCAAAUCAUGAAUUGAAAAUAUAAUAAUAAUCCAUCCUCUCCUUCUCUCUCUGUACAUUUUACCUCUGUUUCUCUGUGCUCUGUAUCCUCCGCAGACAUGAGCACUUCUGCGAAACCCUCGCCCGUGCCUGCUGCUGCAGAGGCUGCUGCUACAGACGCCGCUGCUACAGACGCCGCUGCUGUCCCUCGUCGAGAUGACGAUGUGCGCAGCAAGCUGGCCAUACGUAAGGCAUACCACACGGCCUACUAUGAAUACCAGCGCAGAGACAUGAUGUACCUCCUCAUCAUCCUGCGCUUCAUAAAUGCCAUCACCAUCCGCACCUUCUUCCAACCAGACGAGUACUUCCAGUCUCUCGAGCCAGCAUGGGAGAUGGCAUUCGGCGCGUCCAGCGGCGCGGCCAGCGGAGCAUGGAUCACCUGGGAAUGGCACCACCAGCUUCGCUCAUCUCUGCACCCCGCCAUCUUCGCCCUGCUCUACUUUGUAGCUGACCGCGCCAUGGGCGUGAUGAGCAUGUACCCGCAAUUUAAAGCCAUUAUCUUGGCGUACCUCCCCAGAGUGUUCCAGGGGCUUGUUGCCGCCGUAGGGGACUACUACACCUGGCAGCUGGCCGAGAAGGUCUAUGGGCAAGGAAGCAAUGCGGCUUUUACCACGCUACUCAUCACCGCCUUGAGCCCAUGGCAGUGGUUCUGCUCUACCAGGACGCUCUCCAAUUCUCUGGAGACAGUCCUGACCAUCGUUGCUCUCUACCAUUGGCCUUGGGCCCUAUAUGGCGACAGCAGCGCACCAAGGAAGGCGUCUCCAGAUGCAGCUGAGGCCCACAAGGCCACUACUAGCUCGCCGGAGUCUCAGAUCUUCAAGACACAUGCAGAUGUCAACAGUCUUCGUAUUUGCCUUUUCUUGGCAGGCAUUGCCUGUCUUCUCAGGCCCACGAACCUGUUCAUCUGGGCCUCAAUCGUAACCGUAUCUGUCAGCCGGUUGGGACUUACCGGCACCUCACCCGCCAAGUUCUCUGACUUCCUGAUAAUACUACGCGAAACUGUCAUUUGCGGUGCACUUGCCCUCUCCAUCUCCGCCGCCUCGGACUACUACUAUUUCGGAGUGUGGACCUUCCCACCUUACCAAUGGCUCUACUUCAACAUCACCAAGUCCCUAGCCGUCUUCUACGGCACAAACCGCUGGGACUACUACCUCACCGAGGGCCUCCCCCUACUUCUCACCACCUGCGUCCCAUUCACCCUCAUCGCCUUCGUCUCCUCCACAUCUAUCGGAACCGACGGGGCAUCCGUCAGCAACAUCCGCUUCCAAUUCACCUUCACGGCCCUCACCACCAUCGCCACCCUCUCUCUAAUCUCCCACAAAGAAGUCCGCUUCAUCUACCCCCUCCUCCCCCUCCUCCACAUCCUCUCCGCCCCGCACAUCCUCUCCUUCUUCUCCCGCCCCGCCCCCGCCUCCACCCCCUCAGUCUCAACCUUCGCCAUCCCCCCCUCCCCCACCCUCCGCCGCACCACCCUCCUCGGCGCCCUCAUCGCCCUCAACAUCUCCCUCGCCUUCUACACUACCUUAAUCCACCAACGCGGCGUCCUCGACGUCCUUUCCUUCCUCCGCUACGACUACGAAGCCACCCACCUCACCGAGCGCGGCCUCUUCAUCCCCACCACCGCCGAUGACGCCCCAUUCGCUGCGUUCCUCAUGCCCUGCCACUCUACGCCGUGGCGCUCGCACCUCGUUCACCCGACGCUGAAUGCCUGGGCGCUGACCUGCGAGCCGCCUCUUGAUAUCCCAGCUGGUACGCCGGAGCGCGAGGCGUAUCGCGAUGAGGCGGAUAGGUUCUUCGAUAAUCCGAAGGGGUUUUUGAGUCGCGAGGUGGGGAGCAGGGAGAAGCCGUGGCCGCAGUAUGUGGUUGGGUUUGAGGGGAUUGAGGGGGUGCUGGUGGAGUGGCAUGAGGAGACGGGGAGUCAGUAUGAGGUGGUGAGGAAGUGGAGUGGGUUUAAUAGCCAUUGGAUUGAUGAUGAGAGAAGGCAGGGACGGGUUGUGGUGUGGGAGUUUAAGGAGAGGGUUAAGGCUUAGGUUGGAGAGAUGGGGGUUGGAAAGAGCUCGCUGUGAUGGGGAUGUUUGUAUUAUAUUUGUGUUAUAUAUAGAGGAUAUUGAGUUGGAUUAAUUUUAUCUACCCCUGUAUAGUUCAACUUGUUGCUGUGGAG